AUGUCAACUGUAAAAAUUGAAUUAGAAGGCUCCGUUCGAACUGAGCUAACCAAGGAAUCUGUAGAUACUCUUGAUGAUGGUGUUGAGGAAGAAGAUUCUGAUUCAGACUCAUGGACGAGCAAGAUGAAAAAGAAGAUAUCUCCAUGUGUGAUGUCUUUUGGAUUCAGAUUUUUUGGUGUGGUGCUUAUUUUUGUGGAUGUUUCACUUGUGAUUCUUUCUCUGGUGAUUGAUGAAGCACGCAAUUCUGUUGAAUACAUGAUUGGAAACCUCUCUUUGAGUAUAUCAUUAUUUUUCUUCAUAGAUGUAAUCCUGCGAGUGUUUAUUGAAGGAUUCAAAAACUACUUCAAAUCCAAAUUAAACAUUCUAGAUAGCAUCAUUGUUGUGGGUACAUUGUUGGUUGAUAUUGUAUAUAUUUCCUCUGACUUGGCUGGAAUAACUCUGCUUCCAAGAACAGUUGUCAUUCUUCGAAUGUUGAGGGUUAUAAUUCUGGUAAGAAUUUUUCGAUUGGCUGCUGAGGCAGAACGACUUGAAAAAGUGACUCGGAGGUUGGUCUCAGAAAAUAAAAGGCGUUACACAAGAGGUGGCUUUGACUUGGAUCUCACUUAUGUCACUGCUCGUGUUAUAGCAAUGUCGUUUCCAUCUUCUGGGCAGCAAGCUUUCUACAGGAAUCCUAUAUGGGAAGUUGCAAAGUUCUUGGACACAAAACAUGAAGACCACUACAAAGUCUACAAUCUUUGUAGUGAGCAGGGCUAUGACCCAGAGAUUUUCCAUUAUAGAGUGGAGCGGAUGUUUAUUGAUGACCACAAUGUUCCCACUUUGGCGGAGACGCUCAUAUUCACUGCCAAUGUGAGGCAAUGGAUGGAACAGGACAACCACAAUGUUAUAGCAAUACACUGUAAAGGUGGGAAAGGUAGGACUGGAACUAUGAUUUGCAUCUGGCUUAUUGACACCGGCCUGUUUAAGACUGCGCAGGAAAGUUUGGAGUACUUUGGUAAAAGAAGAACUGAUGAAACUACCAGCACUAAGUUUCAGGGUGUUGAAACGCCAUCACAGAGUAGAUAUGUAGAAUAUUAUGAAAUCUUGAAAUCGGAAUACAACCUGAUCCUCCCACCAGAGAAGCUUUUCAGAAUCAGAUGCAUAAAGCUCUAUGCUAUCCAAGGAGUUGGUAAGGGCAAUGGAACUGAUUUCAGAAUACAGAUAAUAAUGAAGAAGGAUGUAGCAUUUCAGUGCAUUUGUGCAACACUAAUGAACUGCAAGUUGUUCCUUGAUCAUGAAAAUGACCUGAUAGUAAUUGGUUUGAAAAACUGUCCUGUCAUCAGAAAUGAUGUGAAAGUCAGAUUUGAAGCUACUUCUGAUAUUCCAAAAGGCUACGAUGGCUGUGCUUUCUUUUUUUGGUUCCAUACAGCUUUUAUACAUGACUAUCAACUUUUCCUCACAAGAAAUGAAAUCGAUAACUUAAACAAGCCAAAGAUGUGGAAGAUGUUCAGAGAUAAUUUUGCUGUGGAGUUAAAUUUCACUGACCCAUGACUGAAGCAAGCAGAAACAGACUUAACUGGGAAUUGCAUAAUCAUUUAGUAACCUGGUUUUGCACCUGGUAUGGAAUUGUAUUUUGACACUACUCCUUCUCAGUGUUCAGAAUCACCUUGAAUGUAAAAAUAAAACUAAUGCCUAGUGCACUAUC